CAUUCCCAGUUCAAGUUUCAAGCUCGAGCGUUUCAUUAGUGCACGUGCAUCGGUGUCUCGCGCGAGGGACAUGCAGGCGAGCUGGUUGCACGUGAGAGCGACUUUUCCGUCAUUCUGACACCUUGUACAGGUGGCGUGCGUCGAAUGCGUGCACACGAUUACCGAGAGAGCUCGAGCACGCGUGUGUGUGUGUGUGAAUGUUGUUGUUUUUUUUGGUGUGUGGGGGAAAUGAUGCUAAAAACUGACUUCCCCACUGCCUUUUCACGCUGGUGGAAAGAAGUCACGAGCUCUUUCUCAUUCAAUGUUGGCAUUGCGACAGCUCUCUGCUUCACCUCUGCGUUAUUCCUGCUCAUGUCCUACUUCCUGCUCACCUGGAGCAGGUCUAAGACCACCAGAGAUGCUGCAGUGUGUGUGUUGUACUCCCUGAUUGGAGACCUGUGUCACCUGGCUGGAGCUUUUCUCUCUAAUCAGACAUUAUUGCAGUGUGGUAUGGGUUCACUGAUGACCAGUUUGGAUCUUUUGCGUUUCAUUUCCAUCACUUUGCCUCUGUGUUGCUGGUACUAUUCCACCACGGGAAGGAGAGCGAGACGGAUAAGCCGAAGAAGGAGGCAGAACUUCCUUGUGCUUUGGUUGCUGUUUGGAGUAGGAGGAUGUGUUUAUUCUGAUAUCCGUCUACGUCACACGCAAACGGCCUCCUACGACUCGCCAACCAGCAGGAGGCUUCUCGGGGUCAUUGUACACGAUCCUAUUGAACUUCUUGGCUACGCUCUCGGUCUUCUAGCCUUCGCCAUCAGCUGGACCUCCAGGAUUCCGUUCUUUCUGAAAGCCAACAGAGGAGAGAUGAGCAGUCAAAUGCAAGUUACCUCAAGAGGUUUUAGCGCUUCGGCUGGAGCUCUUUACGCUGCAGCGAUUCUGCUCUACGAUCUGCGGCUGGAGCCUGUGGUCAAAGCGCUGCCGUGGAUUCUCUCAGGAGCUUGCUGGGCCAUUCUGGAUGUCUCCAUUUUGCUCCUCACGUGUUAUCGGAUGUGCUCUAAACGGCAGUCGGUUGAAAGGUUGGAUUCAGACACGCAGUCGCUUCUUGGCAGAGUUACGUACGGCCCGUCUCAAAGCCCUAAAGACAGACAUAUUUCCUGCAAGAGCAGAUCAUCAAAAAUGCCUGACAUGGGUCCUAAUAGAAACUCUAACGUCCAGCCUAUACGAAAGGUGUGUUUAAAAGAGGUUACCAUCACUCGGGAGAACUCUGCAGACAACCAGCCUCUGAUAGGAUCUGUAAAGGUGGUCAGGGUCGACGAGUGUUAUUCCUCCGGCAGCGCUACGGAUUCAUCUUCCAUUCGCUCCGAGCUGGAGUGGGAUUUUGAAGAGACCCCCUCACAAUGGAGCUCACCGAACCGAGACGGGCAAAAGAUGGACGCGUUCCCUCUGCAGGAGUGGACGGUGGACCGGAGCUCAAAGUCUAAUCCUGAUCUGGAUGAGAGAAUAGUUCCAGAGUCACAUGACCUAAACGCUCCGGGCCUUUCAGAAAUCGUGAAAUGAUUCUGGAUGCAUCAAAGAUGCCUCAUGCUAACUGAUCUUUUUCUUAUGUAAUAUACCAGCUGUAAUAAAAGAGAGUAAAAGUA